AUGUCAGACAAAGUACCGAUCUUCAGCCUCCAAGACCUCAAGAAUGGUCUCUGCCAAGAAGAAUUCGUCCACUGCCUCACCCAAAAAGGCAUAUUCUUUCUCUCUGACACCGGCCUCACAGACGGAGACCACACCUCCGCCCGCGAAACCUGCGUCAACUUCUUCAAAAACGCUUCUGAAGAGCAGAAAAAGUCCGUGACACUCGGCGACCGAAAUGCCCGCCGUGGCUUCUCCGGUCUAGAGUGGGAGAGCACAGCAAUAGUUACGGAGACUGGCCAAUUCUCAGACUAUUCCACGUGUUACUCCAUGGGAAUUAACAAUAACUUAUUCCCAAAUGAAAAUUUUGAGAAAGUCUGGCAGAGUUACUUUGACCGUAUGUAUGCGGCGAGUCAGGACACAGCAAGAGUGGUUCUGGAGGCAGUCAACGCGAAGCCAGUCAAUGGUAUAGAUGACUUCCUAGACUGUGAACCACUCCUGCGACUGCGUUACUUCCCAGACGUUCCUGAGAAUAGAGUUGCAGAGGAGGAGCCACUGAGAAUGGGAGCGCAUUAUGACUUGUCUACAAUCACGUUGGUCCAUCAGACUGCCUGUGUGAAUGGGUUUGUGAGUCUUCAAUGCGAAGUGGACGGGGAGUUUGUGGAUCUACCAACCAAGCCGGAUACGAUGGUUGUAUUUUGCGGCGCUGUUGGUACGCUUGUGAGUAAAGGGAAGAUCAAGGCUCCUAAGCAUAGGGUCAAGUCGCCUGGCCGAGAUCAGCGAGUGGGAAGUAGUCGCACGUCAAGUGUGUUUUUCCUUCGUCCCAAGCCAUCUUUCAGCUUUAAUGUCCCUCAGGCGAUUGAAUGGGGCUUUAAUAUUCGGAUUCCUACUGAGACGACGACAUUUGGGGACUGGUUGGGUGGGAAUUAUGUAAAUAUGCGGAGGGAUACAGCAACUGCUGCUUAA